AUUCAGAACACCAUACCCACACCCAGUUGACUCGCAGUCACAUACCAAGCAGACAAGAAGAAUCAUCGCUAGCCGCGGACGCGAAGGUUCUUACUGAGGCAGCCCCCCCCUUGCUUGGUGAUUGUCGCCAUGGACAAGAUCCUGGCUUUCUCGAUCAUGAGCUCGUCGCCGGCGGAAAUCUCCGGGGCCGGGUACGCCACGCGCCUGUCCUGGCGGAGCGGCGGCGCGAAGCAGCAGCAGCAGGAGCAGAAACUCGAGCAGGGCUCGCGGCCGGAGAAGAAGCCUGAGGUGCGGGUGCCGCGGUUCGCGCCGGAGUUUGACGGCGUCAACUGCUUCGAGACCAUAGUUUCCUGCUGAGUUGCGAUCUGCAAGCGCCUCGCGCGCUGGGCUAAUCUUUUUGAACUACUUCCUCUGCUUUUUGUUGCUUAGCAACGAGGAGAACUUGUAAUUUGUACAAAGCUAUAUAUUGAAUGGUUUUUUCUUU